AUGAACAUCCUUCUAAGGUCAAAUGCAGAAAGUGGUGUAAUUCUGACAGUGGAUGGAGAUCGACUUCUUCCACGCACACCAUCAGCUCCUACAGGUGGUGCCACCACCUGCAACACUGAUUUACACACACGCUUAAAGACUGUCACGGAGAAAUGGUUUCAACUCAGGGGUAAGAAGAAAACACAGGAGCAGGACUUGACGGCCUUUUGGAAGGACGUCGAAAAUGUACUCGGAAAAUUAGCUAAGGCUCUAACAGCUACUGAAGAACCAAACAAUAAUCUGUGCAACAAUAGUGCUGGGAAGCAAAGUCGUACACUAACUGAAAGCGAAAAGACUGCAUGUAAGAACAUUGCUAAAGGGUUGAAAGGUAUAUACGGUAUUCAGCUUACAAAGUCAGAUAAGCAGCAGCACCCUGUUGAGAACCAAAAAUUUGAGCAAACAAUAGGUUGUCUCAUGUUAAAUUUGUACGCUCAGGAAAUAAAGAAAAAGUGUCCCAUCAUGGGGGAAACUGUUCAACAAGCUUUUCCUAUCCAUGAGAAGCUUCACAAAACUGCAUGCGCAGAUAAGGUCAAUAAUUGUGUUCAAUGUGAGUGGGACGAAUGUGCAAAUUAUACUCUUAAAGAAGGAGUGGACCUGAGAACAAAAUUGAAAGCAAUGCUCCUGGAGAAUAAGGACAUAAAAAAAACAAUGUCUACAAUAAGUGAUUCAUCCGCUAUUGGGGGAUGGUUCACACUAUUUUCGAACGAUGUGUCUAGAGAUGACAAAAAGAACUAUGAAGAAUUGGACCCUCUACUAUCCUUAUGUGGAGGGUUGAAAGAAGAUCUUGGCGAUGUCAUGGAGAAGUAUGAGGGUUUCUGUGAAGUUAUGAUAAGAAAUAUAAUAUUGACGACAGGCGUUCCAAAGCAAUAUAAAAACGAAAAGGGAAAAACAUCAUGUGAAAAGAUCGUAAGGGAAAUAUUAAAUAAGAAUCAGAAGUAUGUGGAAUGUGCUUAUGAGGAUGCACUUAACAUUCCUUAUGGAGGCGGUACGGAUGUGUUAGAUGAAGCGUACCACCUAUUUGGCACAAGUACGUUGUAUCAUAAAAUAGAAGCAUUAACUAACAAGAAAGCAUGGUGCUUAGAGGCGCCUACGCGUCCAAAACUUGCACGGGAUGAUCUUGGAGUGGGUGAUCGAAUAAUCAAUGGUAAUGACCACCUGAAGGAAUUGAAAGAAGUUGUUGAGAAUGUUACGGAAGUAUUAAAAGAGGAGGAAGGAGGGGAAGGUGGGGUGUCUGAAACAAGUGAAGCGAAAGAGUCAGGCAAAGAAAAACCGGAGGAGGAGAAACCAUCAGCGUCUGACGUCACUGAUAAAAAAGAGGACCCAGGUAAGGUUACAAUAUCUUCUAAGGUGGCAACUCCCACUAGAUCGGAAUGUGGAAGUGGGCAAGCAGCUAGUCCAGAGAAAGCAUUUUCAUGUGCUGAAAUGCUCGCUGGGGAAAGCACUCAAAUUGGUACUAGUACUAAUAACCCAAGCGGUAACUGGAAUAAGGACACAGGGAUCAUGCCAUAUGGGGGCGGGGCGGCGGAAUGCCUGGUAGUACACCCGGUACUAGUGUUUAUAAACACUUCUUUUACUUUCAUCACUUUAGGUGCUGAUGUCAAAGAGGAAAAGACUUCGGAGGAACCAGGUUCCCCAGGGGAAGAUACCGUGACGAAGGUGGAACCAUCAGAACAGGAACAGGCUGAGAAUGCUGAUGGGGGCGUUACUGAGCAAGUUCAGCCCGUUACACCUGCCCCAGCUCCUUCACCUGGUCAUGCUAGUGCUGGAGGUGGAGGAGGCAGGGCAGGAGCAAUUAUUUACUUUGGAAGUACUUUGGCAUGCUUCGUAAGACAAGAAAACGUUACAGAAGAGCUCAUCAAGUACGUGGCCCAACCAUACAAGAACAACUCCUUGACCAUCUUGAGCAGGAUGGUCCACAUGAAUAUACCGUAG